AUGCAGGCGGCGGGGCUGCUGCUGCUGCUGGGGCUGGGGCUGGCUCGCACUGCGCACGGGCUCUGCUCGCCCUCCGCGUUCUACAGGGACUGCUGGAUCCGCCGCUUCCCGGGGCUGCUCCUGGACCUGGAGGAGUCUCAGAGGCUGGGGGCCCAGUUCCUCAGGUACUACUCGGAGAACACCGGCCAAAGGUGCGGCCGGAGCUGCUGCCUCCGGAAGGACGUUUCCUGCAACGUGGCUGUCUUCUUCCAUGACCCCAUCCAUGACAAUGUCAACUGCCUCCACGUCCACUGCCCGACCCUGGAGAGCUGCAUCCUGGAGCCCGGGACCAGCGCCAUCCUGUACAACAUAACAGCAGGCAUAGAUCCAGACCUGCUGGUUUUUGAGCAUUCAUCUCGCACAUAUCCAAACACCCGCUCCUCGUCUGAACGGUGGGAUAGACUGCAGAUUCUAAAAGCUAUGAAUGUAGGUAAGGGAGAAUCCACAGAUGACCACACACUGCCAUCUGCAGAGGCCGCAGCAUCAAACACACAUCAAGAUUUGGGUACAAACACAGGCAUCAGUUAUUCCAGGAAGUCAACCACAGAGGUGGAGACAGGAUUCAGUUCUGUGGAUGUGUCUACUGCCACCAAGGCCAGCACGGUGUCUCCAAGCACAGGCUUCCCCCACAGUCUGGACAAGACUAUUUCUCCUUUCUUUGGACCGACAGGCACAAAAGUGUCUCAGGCGCCCAGCCAAUCCCGGCUCAACAUUAGCAAACAGUUUCUCAACAAAACCAAGGGGUCCCAGGGUGGAAACCACACAUCCGAGGAGGAAGCGUCUCGGGAUGGAGCUCCGGUGUCUGCAGGGGUCUGGCUGGCUUCUGUGACCCUGGGCACUGUUGUCCUCUGCCUGUGCUGCUGUGCUGUCGCCAGGGCGUCCAGAUGCUGCACCAAACAGCAAGGCUGGUAUCACCUGGGACAGCAGAAGCCGGGCUCUGGGUCAAAGCACAGAGCAACGAAGGGGCGUUCCUAACGCUG